AUGAAAAAUCCUCGCACACCCGCAGUCGCGACAAGCAGCAACGCGAGCGACGCAGGGCAAAUUUCGGCGAACAAGUCGAAAGGCGACGUCUCCAUCAACCCGUUUCUUGCCAGCCGACCAUCAACGUCUGUGAGCCGUGUUGCUCGCAAUGCACCAUCUCCGAGGAAGCGGAAGUCCACAGGUAGCUUUCCAGCAUUUGAGAGUCUCCAGCGGCAGGCAAAAGCGGGAGUCAUCCGAAAGGGAGGCGUCGAGAGCAGGCUAGAUGUUGUCACCUGCGACUAUGUCCCGCCAAAGUCAGGAAAGAAGCGGUCGAAAUCACAGCCUACCGUGAGCUUUAUUCGAGACACCCGCGACAGGUUCAUUACGACCCGUGACAACAUCGACGAGGUUGCUGCGACAUUAGACAUGAUGUCGCUCAAACAUCAGUCAGCUUCUCCAGGACAUACCGCCCGACUCGCUGCAGCCGCAGGCGUCCCUCUCAACCGUCGUGUGCUCGCCUACCACGAGCCGCCACCCGCCGCGUCCGCCGAUCCGCUCCUCGCACAGGCCCGGGAGCUCGUCCGUCCCCUCUACGCACGUCCGGGCACACUCCCUUCCUCGACAUCUACUGCGAAGAGCCGGUCACGCAAGAUCGCCACUCAACCCGAGCGCGUGCUGGAUGCGCCGGGUAUGGUUGACGACUUCUACCUCAAUCUCGUCGCGUGGAGCACGCUUAAUGUCGUUGCGGUCGCGCUCGCAGAGAGUACCUAUCUCUGGCGAGCAGAUACUGGCGACGUCGUUCAGCUAGGCGAGGCGCCGGAAGGCUCGUACGUCGCCGCGGUGGACUUCUCGAACGACGGGCAGUUCCUCGGCGUUGGCAUCGGCACAGGCGCGGUUGAACUGUGGGACGUAGAAAUGAAGACGAAGUUGCGCACGAUGACUGGUCAUUCAAGCCAGGUAGCAUGUCUGUCGUGGAAUCAGCACACCCUGACAUCAGGGUGCGGUGACGGGAGCAUCUGGCACCACGAUGUGCGUGUGCCGAGGCAUAAGGUCGGGGAGCUGAUCGGUCAUCAGGGAGAGGUGUGUGGCUUAGAGUGGCGGAGCGACGGGGAGCUGCUUGCGAGUGGUGGGAAUGACAACGUCGUGAAUGUGUGGGACGGACGCGUCGGCGACGUCACACCGGGCACAAGAUCCAUUGCGAGGUGGACGAAACGCAAUCAUACUGCGGCUGUAAAGGCUAUCUCCUGGUGUCCGUGGCAGCCCUCUCUGCUUGCCUCCGGCGGCGGCACCAACGACGCGACGGUGCACAUCUGGAACACCACCACGGGUGCGCGGUUGCACUCGCUCGCGACGCCAUCGCAGAUCACGUCGAUUCAGUGGUCACUGCACCGGAAAGAGUUCCUCACGACGCACGGGUACCCGACGAACGCGAUCAUGAUCCACGCGUACCCGUCCAUGGAGCGCGUCGUUGAGAUCCGCGACGCGCACGAUUCACGCGUGCUCUGGAGCGCGCUUGGCCCGAGCGGAGACCUUGUGUGCACUGGCGCGGGCGACGAGAACCUGAAGUUCUGGCGCGUGUGGGAGGUCCCGAAGGUGAAAAGGGGCAAGGAGGCGAAGAAUGGGAGCAGUUCGGGGACGGGAAGCACUAAUAGCGGGAUCUUGAGCAUUCGUUAG